AUGGACAUGAUGAAACAGAAGAUGCAUAGAUACCCUACAUGCCUUGGAGCUGUCGACAAGUCUUAUACCGUGCCAAGGAUCGUGGCCAUCGGCCCCUACCACCAUGGCCUGGAGCACCUCAAGCAGGCGGAGAAAGUGAAGCACGUCGCCGCCUGCCACUGCAUCGGGGACGUCCAGCUACUGGAGGAGAUGUAUGAAAAGUUCGUCUCCGUCGCUGAUGAUGCUCGCCGCUUCUACGACAAGGAUGUGAUUGAAGGUAUCAGCUAUGAUGACUUCCGACAUAUGAUGUUCUUUGAUGCUUGCUUCUUGAAUACACGGGAGCUUACCAAUAUAUUUCAUGAUGUCAUGCUACUUGAGAACCAGCUCCCAUGGAAGGUGGUCGAGAAAGUCCUGAGCUUCAUGGCAGAGGAUGACCCAGAUGGGCCAUCGAUACCCAAGAGGUUCGUAUAUAAAUUAAGGUACUGUAUGCAGCCAGACGACCAUCGUGAGCGUCCCGAAGAAGAAGAGUCUUUUAACUGGGAUGAUGAAUACAGACCGCCGCAUCUCCUUGGCCUCCUCCACUACUACAUUGUUGGACGAAGAAGCUACAUUGAUAAGGAGAAGGACGAAGAACCCAAGAACUUGUCGUUUUUUGUCAGUGCCAUGGACCUUGCCGAAAUCGGCAUCACGCUCAAGGCCAACAAGACGAUGCAGCUCCUUGACAUGCAUCUCAAUCAGAAAGGGGAUGUCUUCAUUGAGCUCUCAUUGGCGCCGUUGUCCCUGGACCGCCACCGUGCAAGCCACCUCGUCAGCAUGGCGGCUUUCGAGCUGUGCACGAUUGAAAGCUUCGGAGCUAGGAGUGCGAGAGAUGAGGACUCUGCUGUCUGCUCCUACGUUAUGCUCCUGGCCAAUUUGGUAUACAGGGAGGAGGACGUGCAGGAGCUACGGGAGAGGGGUCUCCUGCAGAGAGGAGGAGGGCUCACCAACUCGGAGGCGCUCGCCUUCUUCACCAGCGUCCAAGGUCUGCGCUUCGGACCAUGCUACACUCGCAUCAUGAAACAGAUCAAGAACUACAGGGACAAUAGCCGGAUGAAGACAAAGCUGCACGCGUUCGUCCACUACCACAAGAAAACCAUCGCCGCGGUUGUCACCGGCAUUGGUGCGGUUGGCGGGAUCAUAGGGACACUCCUGUCGAUCAAAAAGUCCAUUUGA